AUGCCUGAGGAGAACGUGCGAGUUGCAGUUAGGGUUCGCCCAUUCAACUCUCGAGAGAAAACUCUCAACUCCACGCUUAUCAUUGAUAUGAAUGGUAACACAACACAAAUAACAGAUCCAUCAGGGAACGACGAACCUCGCAAAUUUACCUUUGACUUCAGCUACUGGUCACAUGACGGCUGCAAGGAAAACAAUGGCUAUUAUGAACCUGACCCAUCAAAACCAAAUGGCAAAAAGUUUGCUGAUCAGAAAAGUGUGUAUAAUGAUUUGGGAGUGGGUGUAUUGGAGAAUGCCUGGGGAGGAUAUAACUCAACAUUAUUUGCCUAUGGACAGACAGGCUCAGGAAAAAGUUGGUCCAUGGUGGGAUAUGGUGUCAACAAAGGAAUUGUACCCAUGUUUUGUGACAAUAUCUUCCAGCAGAUCAACGACAAAAAAAAUUCUGGUGAUAAAACAGAAUUUGAGGUAACCUUCAGUAUGCUGGAAAUCUACAAUGAACAGGUCCGAGAUUUAUUGUCAAAAUCAUCAAGCCGUGGAGGACUUAAAGUAAGACAGCAUCCUAAACAGGGUUUCUACGCUGAUGGUCUGAUAGUAGUUCCUGUUGCCAGCUAUGAUGAAAUCUCUAAGAGGAUUGCAGAAGGAACAACCAAUAGAACUGUGGCUUCUACUAACAUGAAUGCCACCAGCAGUCGAGCUCACACCAUUGUUGGGAUUACAUUUCAACAGAAAUUUAUCAAUGCUGCUGGGGAAGAAACCGCCAAAACAGCUGUUGUCAACCUUGUGGAUUUAGCUGGCAGUGAACGAGCAGAGAGCACAGGAGCAACAGGAGAUCGUCUGAAGGAGGGUGCCGCUAUCAAUCAGUCAUUAUCAUGUCUCGGCAACUGUAUCGCAGCCCUGGCAGAGAAAUCUUCAGGGAAAAACACCCGAGUACCAUACAGAGAUUCAGUCUUGACUAAACUGCUCAAGAAUGCCCUGGGAGGUAACAGUAAAACCAUUAUGAUUGCAGCUUUGAGUCCUGCUGAUGUAAAUUUUGAUGAAACUCUAUCCACUCUUCGAUAUGCUGACCGUGCAAAACAGAUAAAAACUACAGCUUCUGUCAAUGAGAGUGCUACAGAUAAGCUGAUCAGAGAGCUUCAGGAAGAAAAUGAAAGACUCAAAAAGAUGAUGGAGUCUGGAAAUUUUGAGAUGAUCAAACAAGAUGAUGAUGAUGAUGACUUGACAGAUGAAGAAAAGAGGCAGGAAAAAGAAGAUCGUGAGUCUGAGUAUGCUAGUAUGCUGGAGAAAAACAAACGCGAGAUGGAGGAGAUGAAGAAAUCCUUCGAGCAGAGACUGGCAGAACGUGGUGAUUCUGAUACAGACUUCAAUGCAGUUGAUGCAAAGAAGAAGACCACACCCCAUCUGUACAACUUGAACCAAGAUCCUCAGCUGUCUGGGAGGAUUGUUCAUUUCCUGGAGGGUGAGAACAUCACUAUUGGCAGUAGUUCUGCAGAGGGCGAGGUCAACAUUAGGAUUGUAGGACCCAGUAUUCAACCGAAACAUGCCUCCUUCACUGUGGCAGAGAAUAAAUGGACCAUAGAGCCAACAGCCCCCCAUAGUCGUAUCCUCCACAAUGGAAAAGCUGUUGGGACUAAGGAAGAUAUGGUUCAUAAUGACAGGCUCCAGUUUGGAACAACUCAAUUCUUUGUGUAUUGUAACCCGAAAGAGCGUGAUAGUUCAAAGAUAAACUACCCAGACAUUUCAUAUGACGAUGCUCAGCAGGAGGUUGCUCGCAAAUCUGGUCUUGGCAUGGACAAGGAGGCCAAAUCAAGAGACGAAGCCCUAUUACAGGAGGAAAUGGUGAAGGCUGUGCCUGCAGUACAGCAAGCUAACUCCAUCAGUGAAGAACUAGAUAAGAAACUCAAGUUUGAGAUAGUUGUUGUGUCUCCUGAAGGACGCGGUGAAACAAAGGGACGUAGCAUUGUCAUGGUGAAGGUGACCCACCUAGAAACAAAAUUUGAAUGGAUGUGGCCAUUCCAGAAACUUUUGAACCGAAUGUAUGUCAUGCAAGAGAUGUAUGAUGAGCUUCUGGAGGGGGAAGAUGUCAAGAGAACAGAGGAAGAGGAUCCGUUCUUUGAUGAUAUGAAAUGUGAUUUCUAUAUCGGCAGCGUCAAACUCUGGUUGAAAUCGAUGGCUUACCUGAUUGAAUCCAAGGAUCAGUUGAGUGUAUGUGACUAUCAGGGCAAGGAGGUUGGCCUUCUCAAUUAUGAGAUUAUUCCGUGCGAUGCCAAAGGAAAGGAGUACACUGAUGCCGACGAUAUCUUUGUUGAGGUCCCAGAAGAACUGCUAGGUAGUAAGGAUGGCGUUCAUUUCAAACUGAAAAUUGUCAGUGCCAGAGGCCUGCCAAUGAAAUUUGUGGAUGUGUAUGCAAAAUAUACAUUUUUCACUGGAGAAAAGGUUUACGAGACUAAGAGGUUGCCAGCCACAAAUAACCCUGAUUGGAAAUAUGAGAUGAAACAUGACCAGGCUGAUGUCUCACUGCCAUUCCUGGACUACCUCAAGGAAGGUGCCAUCAUGAUCCAGAUCUACGGCAAACAAAAGAUUCAGAAACCGAAAAAGCAUAUCAACACUAAGGAUGCUCUGCUGUCCUCGGCCCUGACCAAAGGUCAGAUGGGCGCUGGAAAGUCCAAGGCUUUGGAUACUGACAAAGUCAAGUACAUGAUGGAAGCUGCAUUCCUCAGGAAGCGACAAGAACGCCUGGAACAGAAACUUCAUGCCAUGAAGAAGAUGUUGGACGAGGCAGAAAAACACAACAAGAAGAAAAUCUCUACCAGUCUUAUCAAACAGAUCUACAACGCCUCAACAGCUGAUGCUGCUGACAAGUGUAUCGCCCUCAUUCCCCAGGAGAAAGAUGAUGAUGAUGAAGAUGAUGUCAGUCCCUCAGCCGCGACAGUCCCUGUAGCAGUGACAGAUAAAAAGGGUGGAAAGAAGGAUAAAGAUAGUAGCAGCAGCAGUGAUAGUAGUGAUAGCAGCGAUAGUGAUGCCGAAAAAAAAGAAAAGAAGAAAGCCAAAAAGUUACGGAAGAAGCAAAAAAAAGCCAAAAAGUUACGGAAGAAGCAAAAAGUAGAAGAAAAACAACAAGAAAAAACGGCUUUGAAAAAUCAGUCGAAAUUAGUUCGACAAAAUACACAGGGUAAAAUCCCAAUUGUGAAAAAAGAUGAGAAAAAAUCUUCAGCUUGUAUAUUAUUGUAA